AUGGAGAGCUCUGAUCCAGCUACUAAUCCAAGGAAGUAUCUUUCAAGCCCAGUGGGUUCAAGCUACUACUCGCAGGUUCAUCAUGAAAACACUUUUAAGAUGGAUCUGUUGAACAUGCUGAAUGAUCCAACGACGUCCGAUUUUGAUAUUGUGGUCAAUGAAAGAGUCUUCAAGGUGAGGAAAAGAGCUGGUUAGAGAGCUUAGACUAGUGUUUCCCGAAAGUGCUUAGGCUUUUGCAUUGUACCUAGUCAUGACUGCGCUUUUCGGAGAGUUCGUUCUGCAUUGUCCAUAGUCGUGAGGCGGUGCACCGUGUGCUCUCACUUAGCCACCAUUUGAAGAGAUGCAAUUUUUUUCCAGGUCCAUCGAGUGAUCCUACAAGCCCGUUCGAAGUAUUUUGCGGCCCUGUUUUCAUCGAAGAAUCGAGAAACGGAGACUGGACGGAUGGAGAUAAAAGAGAUGGAUGAAGAUCAAGUCUCCGUGGUCUUGCGGUUUAUUUAUGGUGCUAAGCUGCCAGACCCUUCGGUUGUGACCUUAGAAUUGUAUCAAAUUGCUGAUAUGUAUCGACUAAUCGAUCUGAAGGUAAGUUGCAUCCUGAUCAAUUUGACACGCCAUGAAAACUUUCUUUGUGACAUUGCGGUUUCAGUAUUACUGUAUAAACGUCCUUGCGUCCUCAUUAGACUCCACAAAUAUAAUUUGUUUUCUUCAACAUGCUGAACACUUCCAAGACGACCGUCUUAUGGAUGUUGGGGUGUGUUAUGUAACGAAAAAUCUUGACAGACUGUUGCGAACCGAAAUCGCGGAUCAAUUAUUGGAUUGGAAACAACUGGUUAAACGCAUUCUACACUAUCAAAACGAGAGAUUAAGCGCUGAAGCAUAA